AGGGGUUUAAUGAAAAUUUUGAAAUUAUUCCCUAUAUAAUGUUUUAGAAAACUAUCAUUUAAAAAAAAAUACAAUUGUAUCCGUUUCGCAUUCAAAGUGAAGAAAAAAGAAAAUGGAGGAGAUAGGAUUGCAACCACAAGAAAAGGAGGAUUCUGUUGUGUUGGAGUCCCGGCCUGGGACUUCCCAGACUGCCACACACCUGGACCCUCUUGGCUCAGACAUGGAGGAUCUGUAUGUCAAAUAUAAAAAACUUCAGAGGCAGCUAGAAUUUUUAGAAGUUCAGGAGGAGUAUAUUAAAGAUGAACAAAAAAAUCUCAAGAAGGAGUACCUGCAUGCUCAGGAAGAGGUGAAGAGGAUUCAGAGUGUCCCUCUGGUCAUCGGACAGUUCCUGGAAGCAGUCGACCAAAACACAGGAAUUGUUGGCUCCACUACUGGGUCUAAUUAUUAUGUGAGAAUUCUGUCAACUAUUGACCGAGAAUUGUUAAAGCCAUCUGCCAGUGUAGCUCUCCACAAGCACAGCAAUGCUUUGGUGGAUGUCCUACCCCCUGAGGCAGAUAGCAGCAUCACAAUGUUGCAGGCUGAUGAGAAACCUGACGUUCAGUACGCAGACAUAGGAGGGAUGGACAUCCAGAAGCAAGAAGUCAGGGAGGCAGUGGAGCUGCCCCUGACCCACUUUGAUUUAUAUAAACAGAUUGGUAUAGACCCUCCUAGAGGUGUCCUUAUGUAUGGCCCACCUGGAUGUGGUAAAACUAUGUUAGCCAAAGCUGUGGCUCAUCACACAACAGCUGCCUUCAUAAGAGUUGUUGGUUCCGAAUUUGUCCAGAAGUACCUGGGCGAAGGACCUCGUAUGGUGAGAGAUGUGUUCAGACUGGCUAAAGAAAAUGCCCCAGCAAUUAUAUUUAUAGAUGAAAUAGAUGCUAUAGCAACUAAACGAUUUGAUGCACAAACAGGAGCUGACAGAGAGGUACAGAGAAUUUUAUUAGAACUACUCAACCAGAUGGAUGGAUUUGAUCAGACUGUCAAUGUUAAGGUGAUAAUGGCCACCAAUCGAGCGGACACCUUGGAUCCUGCUCUUCUGAGACCGGGCCGUCUUGACAGGAAGAUAGAGUUUCCAAUUCCUGAUCGACGACAGAAACGACUCAUCUUCUCCACCAUCACCAGUAAAAUGAACGUGAGCGAGGAGGUGGACCUAGAGGACUAUGUGGCCAGGCCAGACAAAAUCAGUGGGGCCGAUAUCAACGCCAUUUGUCAGGAGGCUGGUAUGCAAGCAGUGAGAGAAAACAGAUAUAUAGUGCUUGCCAAAGACUUUGAAAAGGGUUACAAGAACAAUAUUAAAAAGGAUGAAACUGAACACGAGUUUUAUAAGUAACUCUCUCAUAAACAUUUGUAAAAGACAUGUUUGUUGAAAUAAAUUCUCUUUGUAUACACCAA